CCAAACCGUCACCACUUACACGGGUCACGACGCCCCCCUAACACAAGAAGAAGAAGAAACAGACUUGAAACGAGUCGACAGGCCAAUCCUUCUCUUCCCUCUUUUUCAGCAGCCGACGAAACACUCCCCUCCACUUUCGUCGCUCCCGCGGCCGUCCUCCGCCGUCUCAUAAACCCUAGCGGCUCCCUGAAAUUAGGAUAUGCAGGCCUCGUCAGUUAUAUUCAACACCAAGCCUGUUUUGGCUCCUGUCCAAGUCAAGUCUCUACACAGCGAUCCAUCUUUACCGUCAUGCUGCUCUUCUUCUAGGCUGCUUUCACCUCCUCCUAAUUGGACUCAGCUGAGGAGGAGUGUAGCUCUUCGCUCGAAUCGGCAUCUGCACCAUCGAGCUUAUCUUCUUAAAAAUAAGAAUUCAGUGAGAAGAUAUCUAUCUCAGUCUGAGGAACUGUCACCACAAGCAAAUUCGCAAAAUAGAUGUCCACACGUGUCAUGUUUCCGUCACCUGCAAAGAAAGCAUACUGGCAUCAACAGAUUGGCAACUAGAGCCUUUCUUGAUAAAUCGACGUGUCAUUUGUCAAAGCUGAAGCCUAAUAAUGUAUCUGUGAAACAACCUCAUGUUCCACGUGCAUCUGUUGGCCCAGAUGAGCCACAUGCUGCAAGUACUGCCUGGCCGGAUGGUGUACUAGAAAAACAGUCUUUGGAAUUGUUGGAUCCUGAGGCAGAAAGAGCUGAGUUUGAGCGCUUUUUAUGUUCUGAACUUCCUUCUCACCCGAAAUUAUAUCGAGGACAAUUGAAAAAUGGACUUCGAUACCUCAUUCUACCUAAUAAGGUUCCUCCAAAUAGAUUUGAAGCACACAUGGAAGUUCAUGUUGGAUCCAUUGAUGAGGAAGAUGAUGAGCAAGGAAUUGCUCAUAUGAUUGAACAUGUUGCAUUUCUUGGAAGCAAGAAACGAGAGAAACUUCUUGGAACAGGGGCACGCUCAAAUGCCUAUACAGAUUUUCAUCAUACAGUGUUCCAUAUCCAUUCACCUACAAGUACAAAGGAUUCUUCUGAAGGUGAUUUACUACCAGUUGUCCUAGAUGCUCUGAAUGAGAUAGCUUUCCACCCUAAAUUUCUUGCUUCGCGAGUUGAGAAAGAAAGACGAGCAAUAUUAUCAGAGCUGCAAAUGAUGAAUACAAUUGAGUAUCGUGUUGAUUGCCAGUUGUUACAACACUUGCAUUCGGAGAACAAGCUGAGUGAAAGGUUCCCAAUUGGAUUGGAAGAGCAGAUUAAGAAAUGGGAUGCUGAUAAAAUCAGAAAAUUCCAUGAGCGUUGGUAUUUUCCUGCAAAUGCCACAUUGUACAUUGUGGGAGAUAUAGAUAACAUUCCCAAGACAGUUGACCAUAUUGAAGCUGUUUUUGGGCAUAGUGGUGGGCAGAGUAACAUGGAAAAUGGGGCAGGUGCUGCACCUACACCAAGUGCAUUUGGUGCAAUGGCAAGUUUCCUUGUCCCGAAAUUGUCAGUAGGUUUGGCUGGAAAUACAUCUCAUGAAAGGUCCUCUGUCUCCAUUGAGCAAUCUAAAACUUUUAGGAAGGAGAGACAUGCUGUUCGGCCUCCUGUACAACAUAAUUGGUGCCUUCCCGGUAGCAAUGAAUAUGUAAAGCCUCCACAGAUAUUUCAGCAUGAAUUGCUUCAGAAUUUCUCUAUCAAUAUGUUCUGUAAGAUUCCAGUGAACAAGGUCCGAACAUAUGCUGAUCUGCGGAAUGUGUUGAUGAAGAGAAUAUUUCUUUCUGCUUUGCAUUUUCGCAUUAACACAAGAUACAAGAGUUCAAAUCCCCCAUUCACAUCAGUAGAACUGGAUCAUAGUGAUUCUGGAAGGGAAGGAUGCACUGUGACCACUCUUACAGUGACUUCUGAACCCAAAAAUUGGCGGAGUGCAAUUAAAGUUGCUGUUCAGGAGGUCCGGAGGCUCAAAGAAUUUGGUGUCACAAAAGGUGAAUUAGCUCGCUAUUUGGAAGCACUAAUUAAAGAUAGUGAACAGUUAGCGGCUAUGAUUGAUAAUGUUUCAUCUGUGGAUAAUCUGGAUUUCAUUAUGGAGAGUGAUGCACUUGGCCAUACUGUGAUGGAUCAAAGGCAAGGCCAUGAGAGUCUACUUGAGAUUGCUGGAACAGUUACUCUUGAGGAGGUUAAUUCUGCUGGUGCAAAGGUAUUGGAAUUCAUAUCUGAUUUUGGAAAACCAUCUGCACCCCCUCCUGCUGCAAUUGUUGCUUGUGUCCCAAAGAAGGUGCACAUUGAUGGAGCAGGAGAAAUGGAAUUCGAGAUAACAGCAGAUGAGAUAAUAGCUGCAAUUGAAGACGGUCUGAAGGAACACAUAGACCCAGAACCAGAGCUUGAGGUACCAAAGGAAUUGAUUGCCUCAACACAGCUGCAAGAACUAAGGUUGAAUUCAAAACCAUCAUUUGUAACCAUCAGUCCAGAUGUAGAUGAUACAAAACUGUAUGACAAGGAAACAGGUAUCGUUCAGCGGCGCCUUUCAAAUGGAAUUCCUGUAAAUUACAAGAUAUCCAAAAAUGAAGCCAAUUGCGGAGUUAUGCGGCUCAUCGUUGGUGGCGGCCGUGCAGCUGAAACUCCUGAUGCAAAGGGAGCUGUUAUUGUGGGUGUGCGGACUCUAAGUGAGGGUGGUCGUGUUGGAAACUUCUCAAGGGAACAGGUGGAACUUUUCUGUGUAAAUCACCUGAUAAAUUGUUCACUGGAGUCAACAGAAGAAUUUAUCUGCAUGGAGUUCCGAUUCACUUUGAGAGAUGAUGGGAUGCGUGCUGCCUUCCAGUUACUUCAUAUGGUACUUGAGCAUAGCGUUUGGCUAGAUGAUGCAUUUGAUAGAGCACGACAGUUAUAUUUGUCAUAUUAUCGGUCUAUUCCAAAAAGUCUAGAACGUGCAACUGCGCAUAAGCUCAUGCUAGCUAUGUUGAAUGGAGAUGAGCGCUUUGUUGAGCCAACACCACAUUCAUUACAAAACUUGACUUUGGAAAGUGUAAAAGAUGCUGUGAUGAAUCAGUUUGUCUGCGACAAUAUGGAGGUGUCUAUUGUUGGGGACUUCUCAGAGGAGGAUAUUGAGUCAUGUAUCCUUGACUAUCUGGGAACAGUUAGAGCGACAAGAGGUUUUGAGAGAGCACAGAAAUACAACCCAAUCAUAUUUAGACCAUCUCCUGAUUUGCAGCAUCAACAAGUAUUCUUGAAGGACACAGAUGAGAGAGCCUGUGCUUAUAUUGCAGGUCCUGCCCCAAACCGUUGGGGAUUUACUUUUGAGGGGAAGGAUCUUUUUGAGUCUGUUAGUAAUGCUUCCACUUAUAAUGGUGAGCAACUAAAAUCUGGGGAACAAUCCAACAAACUGGAGAAUGUGGAAAAUGGCCUCCAAGGAAGAUUUCACACUCAUCCAUUGUUCUUUGCCAUCACUAUGGGUUUAUUGGCUGAAGUAAUAAACUCCAGACUUUUUACAACAGUCAGGGAUUCUCUUGGAUUAACAUAUGAUGUUUCAUUUGAACUAAACCUGUUUGAUCGCCUGAAGCUUGGGUGGUAUGUGAUUUCAGUGACAUCAACCCCCAGUAAGGUCCAUAAAGCUGUUGACGCUUGCAAAAAUGUCCUAAGAGGUUUGCAUAGCAACAGGAUUACACCGAGGGAGCUGGAUCGGGCAAGGCGAACAUUGCUCAUGAGACAUGAAGCUGAGAUAAAAUCAAAUGCUUAUUGGCUUGGGUUGUUAGCUCAUUUGCAAGCUGCAUCAGUACUCAGGAAGGACAUCUCAUGUAUUAAAGAGCUGACUUCACUAUAUGAAGCUGCCACUAUUGAAGACAUAUAUGUUGCCUAUGAACAGUUGAAGAUAGAUGAAAAUUCCCUGUUCUCUUGCAUUGGAAUUGCUGGGGUAAAUGCUGGAGAAGACAUAUCAGUACCUAUAGAAGAGGAAGAUUCAAUCGAUGGCCUUCCUAAUGUUAUUCCCAUGGGACGUGGUUCAUCUACAAUGACACGGCCAACAACUUGAGGGGUGGUAGAAAUUCUUUGAAAGACAGAUUGUAUGAGUGACCUAUAGGACACUUGUCAGUGCUUUUGCUGGGUAGAAGCCGUAUGUCCACUGGCAGAAUGUGUUAUAUAUGCCCUUGACAGGGUUGUGCAGUCAUUUCCAACCAUAGAGAAGGUGCAGGACAGCAAGCUGCCACUCGCUACGGUAUACAGAUUAAGUCUUGGUGCUGACUCGACGCUAGGGCUUCAUGAGAUUACUAGGUCCCCAUUGGUUAUGGCAUUGAAUGGACAGAAGUAUAGUCUAACUUUAGUGAAACUACAAUUUCAUAUGUACCCAAGUAAUGUUCUUUACUCACUUCAAUAGGAUUUAUAUACGGAGUACUAAUUUUUUCAUCAUGAAGCCAAUAUUAAAUUCAGUAGUACAGCAGCCAAAUUGUAUGUAUGGAUUCAUAAUUCUUUCCUGGCUUUUUCUUGUGCUAAAGUUGUAUUAUGCACACAACUUUCACUGCUUACAAAACAUAUAUAAAUAUAUUUUCCUCCA